UGCGGUGGGAUUAAAUCUUUUUCCUAUCCAAACACCCCCCUUCAUUUGGGUUUACAGCUUCAUCUUGAUUUUUCUUCUCCUCUCGAUCCUUUCUCAGUCUGGCAUUCUGUGUUGAUUAAAAAUCCACCACCCGUGCUUUACUCAGUCAAUACCUUCAUUAUUUACCCGACAUGGAGCAAUUGUUGUGACAGUGGCCACUGGCGCCGAUGUAGACGGAGAGCUGCUCAUCACGUCGAAGAACGAAGAAGCCCCCCACCCACCAUCAUCCUCUCCCACCUCCACCGUCGCCUAUGUCUGGUAAGGUUCACCAUCUGACCAUCAUCUCUAUGCGUAGUCGAUUCCCAACUUCGACUGCAGAUGGUUUCCCACCGUAUCGAUGUCGGCUUCCAGACAUCCGGAUCGAAUUUUCCGUUUCCGACUCCAUCACCGCCAUCAGCCACAGCUACAAACUCCAUAGAUGACUUUCAAGCACCAAAGGAGCCAAAGAAAUUCGGUAUGUAGACCAACGUUUUCAUCGGCCUUCUUGCUCUCUUUCUACCACGUCCCUGCACCUUUUCCUUCCACCGUCAGCUUAGGGUUUCUUAAAGGAUGGCAAUCAAGCUCUACAGCUUUUGUUUGCUCUUCUAUUAUUGCAAUAAUGGCUCCCAUCAAUGUCAAUCUUCCCAAGAAAGAAGUCCCUCAAGUUACUUGUGAGUGUGAAAGACACUUUGGGACACAAUUUGGUGGAAUGGAUCAGAUUUUAUUGGGCAUAAAAUUUGGAAUGGAACCUGAAGAGGCAAUUUCAAAAGUGAAAACCCUUUGUGAUGUAGAAGCUUUAUGUGUAUCCUUUGCUGGGGCCCACGAGUCUUCCAACCCUACCCUUGCUGUUAAGGUAUUCAUUCGGCUACCAAAAAUGAUGGCAUGGCAUGAGUGUCACCACGUCAUCAUCUAACUCCUAUAAUAUAUUUAUAUUCGACGUUUGGCUUUAAACGGUAAAAAACAUAUAACUUGGUUACUAUCUUUGGUUAAAAAUAAAGUAUGUUGCUGUUUUUUACAUUUUACCCUUUUUUUACUAUGACGGGAAUAUCUGAAAGAGGAGCCUUAUACAGCUAAUGAAAUUGAGAUAAUCACCAGUAAAAGCUUGGAUUCCAUAAUUCUUGACUCCGCCUCUUCACUGGAUGUGAUAAAAGCUACCACGCAUUACAAGUUAUUCCAGUGCCUUCCAUGUGUACUCUGCAGCGAAACGUGUAUAUGCUUUCAAGGAUGCGGUGUCAUCAAAUUCUGAGAGAAGUUGAAGAAUCUUGACGAUCUUAAGAAUGACAAUCACCAUAGUUGCAGCGGGACCCCAGCCAGGGGCUCUGCCCCUUGGACCCCGCUAGGGGCGCUGCCCCUUUGGAAACCCCGGACCUGGGGGCGCUACCCUCGGGCCCGCGACUAGUCAUCGAACCGGCUUCUGACUCGAUCUUAUACAUGCGUGCAUUCCGCACAACCCCGUACAUAUAUUAGAGUACAAAUCAUGAAGCCCCUUAACUCACAUGUUAGUUCCAGUUACUUAAAAUGACAUGGUGACACUAAAAUCACCAACAGUUUAGUUUCACCAACCGAUUUCAAGGGUUUGGAUUUGUCAUUUUUGUUAGUGAAUAAGUUAUUAAUGAAAUGUAAUCUAAUGGUAAGUUGCAUUGUUGAGCUAGUGAAAGAUGACAAAUUCACA